GCUCGAGUUUACGUUAGUCACGGAUUGGGCUGCUCGAAAGGAUGCAAUCUGCACUACCGCUGCUCAUGGCAGCGCUUCUGUUGAGGACUAUCGUUUCACCGGCGGAAAAUCACAAUUCGAUGACCUGCUAUGGUGAUGCCCGCGAUGGCUACUUCAGCAAACAAUUCACCAGCCAUGGUUCGGAUCAAACGGACAGCGAGUUACCUUUUCCAGCGGAUAAGUGUCGACUUGCACGAGAAAUGCUGGAGGAAAUUCAAUAUUUACGCACUCUGAUGGAUAAAUGUGAGCGAUGUCCGGUCGGAACCAUGAACCUUGUUGAUGGGGGUAGGUGCAAGGAUAAACCAUGCCUCAGCGAGACGUCAUGUGUUGACACAGGUAGCGGCGCUAUUUGCGGACCUUGUCCGGUCGGUUUCGACAGCGAUGGCGGCGUUAAUUGCGUACCACGAGCCGCCAAAUGCCACUGAAUCUAGAGCCGCUUCAUCCGAAAUUCGUCCCCAAUAAUUGCCGCGGAAGCCAAUAAACACAACUAUAUUCAUG